AUGGAGCUUGGAGGCAACGCACCAUUCAUCGUGUUUGAAGACGCCGACAUCCAGAAAGCGGUUGACGGUCUGAUUUCAUCCAAGUUCAGAUCUUCGGGACAGACGUGCGUAUGCGUGAACCGCGUCUUUGUGCACCGCUCCAUCAUGAGCGAAUUCGCAGAAAAGCUAAACGCGACGCAGCAGAAGACCUUUGUUUAUGGUUCGGUCUGGGAUCCGAAGGUGAAUUUUGGGCCACUGUAUUCGUCCAGAGGACUUGAAAAGGUCCAGAAGCAUUUGGAAGAUGCGCUCGCAAAUGGAGCGACGGUCUUUGACAAAACUUCCAAUACGGAAAACCAAGGGCCAAAUUUUUUCCCUCCAACAAUUCUACUAGACUGUAACGCAGAGACGAUGCGAUUCGGUAGCGAGGAGACAUUUGGCCCAUUGGCUCCAUUGGUUCCGUUUGACAGCGAAGAAGAAGUCUUGAGACUGGCAAACACGUACGAAAGCGGGCUGGCCUCAUACUUUUACACUGAGAAUAUAUCGAGACUUUGGCGUGUAGCUGAGGCUCUGGACACAGGCAUGGUCGGAGUACGCGUGGGGCUUGUCAGUGCCUGCGAACAACCAUUUGGAGGCGUCAAGGAGAGCGGCAUUGGCCGAGAAGGAUCCAAAUUUGGCGUUGAAGAUUACACUAACGUGAAGAGCAUCACAGUAGGAAUAUGA